AUGCGUCUUCUUCAGUCGAUAUUAUUGGCCACUCUGGCCGUGGCUCCCAUCGCCGCAUUAUCGAGUGACAUGGAGAGGAGGAUAGUUGGCAGAAAUAAGCCCCAGCAAAAGAAGCCCGACACAAAAUACUUCCACGAGCCGGGUGGCGACAAUGAGCUGGGCCACUACGACAUUCGGUACUUCAAGAAGAAGGUGCCCUAUGAGGAGCACCGACCGGCGCUGCAGCAUCUGAUCCGGUCAUACCUCACAACUUUCCGCAACUUGGGUGUCGAGACGUGGCUGGCGCAUGGUACCCUGCUUGGUUGGUGGUGGAACGGCCGCAUCAUGCCCUGGGACUAUGACCUCGAUGUUCAGGUCUCGGCCGCAACUCUGCACUACCUGGGCAAGAAUCUCAACCGUACGCACCAUGAGUACACCUACACGGAUCCCAGCACGGGAGCCACGAUGAAGAAGGAGUACCUCCUCGACAUCAACCCGCACCACAGCGACAUUGGCCGCGGCGAUGGCCAAAACGUUAUUGACGCGCGAUGGAUCGAUCUCAGCAACGGCAUGUUCAUCGAUAUCACCGGACUGGCAGAGCGGGAACCGAGCAGACAGCCUGGCGUCUGGAGUUGCAAGAACUACCACAGAUACCGGACGACGGAGCUGUACCCGAUGCGCCAGACUGAAUUCGAGGGUGUGCCGGCUACCAUUCCCUACUCCUUCGAUCGUAUUCUGGUAGACGAGUACGGCUCCAAGAGUUUGGUAACCACCGAAUGGGAAGGACACCAAUGGAAGCCGGAACUCAAGGAGUGGGUGAAGAAGCCCAAGCCCGAGGGACAGCAAGUUGUGGGCCAGCCCGCCCAAAAUGGCAAAACCGGCCAUUAA